AAGGCAGUGUUUUGCAGUCGAAGGAGUGUGUUGGAUCCGUGACUGUUCGUAAACUCUAUUUUUCUUUUGUCCGUUUUGAUUUGAAGUCAUUCGACAAAUGAAAUAUCUUUCUUGCACUAAUCUUUGGUUGGCAGAAAGAACCCCGUGCCUCCAUAAAACUUGACUUCACCAAUAAUUAUCUCUAAAAUCUCAAUGCUUCCUUCUCUGAAAAUACCAAACAACACCCUGUUGCUCACUCUCCCCUCUCUCUGUUUUUCAUUCAGCAACUUUGUUUGUUGAUGUGCUGCAGUGAGUAAACUUCUUUUCUAAGCGAUGGAAAUCAAUUACAGCAUUUUAUCUCCCUUUUAAUUUUAGUUACUAAAAAUUUAAAAAUACCUUCAUUCCUAGAGUACUUAUGAAAACUACUUAACCUCGGGGGUGUUAUAGACAUAUGGGGGAAAUUUGUUGAAUUCAGAGUGUGGCAGUUGACGAUUUCCUAAAUUUCUCAAAGACAUGAGGUCAACUUGCUUUCAGAAGAAAUGAAGAACGGGCAGAGCACACAAGAAUUACAGUCCCCAGCUCAAGCUUCUCAUGAUUCCCUGAGUGAACAACCAAACAACCACACCACGGAUGCUCCUGUUACAGAUUCGGCUUCAGCAUCUGCUUCAAGCAAUGAUAGCAAAAAAGUUUCACGGCAGGAUAUUGAGCUUGUACAAAAUUUAAUAGAAAGGUGCCUACAAUUAUAUAUGAAUAAAGAUGAAGUGGUCAAGACGCUCUUGACUCGGGCAAAGAUUGAUCCAGGAUUUACAACUCUGGUGUGGCAGAAGUUGGAAGAAGAGAACAGUGACUUCUUCAGGGCCUAUUAUAUCAGGCUAAAAUUGAAAAAGCAAAUACUUUGGUUUAAUCAUUUGCUUGAGCAUCAGUAUCAUAUGAUGAAAUAUCCCUUGUCUACAAAGGUUCCAUUGGCUCCUAUACAGAAUGGAAUCCAUCCAAUGCCUGUCAACAACCUACCUAUGGGAUACCCCGUGCUACAGCAGCCUUCUAUUUCAGCAGGUGGUCAACCACAUCUUGACUCCAUUGGUAGUGGUAUAUCAGGCUGCAAUAUGGUUAAUGGAGUCCCUGCACCAAGCAACUUCCAUCCCAUUCGGACACAUUCUGGGAAUGGUAUGGUGAUGGACCACAGUGCUCCGGAUAUGGCUCCUGUUAUUCCACCAACUAGUGCAAUGUCAUCCUUGUCAGAAAUGCCAGUGAGUCCGACAUCAGUAGCAUCCAGUGGCCAUUUUCCCUUCACUCCCUCAGAAUUAUCAGGAAUGGGCACAGAUGCAUCUGCUCUUGAGACAGCAUUUACAUCUGAUGUGGUAAGCUCUGUAGGACUGCAACUUGCACCAGAUAAUGGCACGGGGAUUUCCAGAUCCCUGGAUCAAAUUCAGUGGAAUUUUAGUCUGUCUGAUCUAACAGCAGAUUUGUCAAACUUGGGAGAUCUAGGAGCUCUAGGAAACUAUCCUGGUUCACCAUUUAUGCAAUCCAAUUCAGAUAUUAUGCUUGAAUCAUCGGAUCAAAAGGACAUAGUGGACGACUUCUUUGUCAAUACAGAUCCCCGAGGCUCUCAGUCAGACGAGGAGAAAUCAUAAGUGAAGUUGAAGCAAGUUAUGUUUCACGUUAAAAUUGGUAGGUUAGGUGAAAAACUUAGGAUCAAUAAAUGUGUCGUCUAGGAUGCUCAGCACGAAGAUGGAAAACGUCGAUUGUUAGCUGAAGUAGUAAUCUUUUGAUUUUAUAAUUUUUAUUUUAUUUUUGAGAAUGUGCUAUUUGGAAAUGUUGGGCGGUGUGUUUGGGAUAUAAUGGAUGCAAUUUGGAUUUAUAUUCGUUGAUCCGUGUCAACAUAAAGGUUGACGUGAUUGUAACAGUGUUCCACUUUACAUUACUCAUGAGAACGGACAGAAUUAUUAUUCUUCAGUGCAAAAUAACAUUACUAUGUGGAGACGA